AUGAACGCGCUGAUCGUUGGCCGCGUGUUUGCCGGUGCCGGCGGCACAGGUAUCUACCUGGGCGGCCUGAACCACUUCUCGGCCAUGACAACACGGCAGGAGCGCGGCACCUAUCUCACGGGCACGGGUUUCGUGUGGGGGUUGGGCGCCAUUCUCGGGCCUGUCGUCGGGGGCGGAUUCUCCGACUCAUCAGCCACCUGGAGAUGGGGUUUCUACAUCAACCUCAUCAUCGGCGCCAUCACGGCUCCUGUCUACCUCUUUUACCUGCCGGCCAUCCAUCCGGGGGCGGGCAAAGGCCUACACAACCGCCUCGUGAGGCUCGACUACGUGGGUUUCGUGCUCAGCGCCGGCAUGUGGGUGGCGUUCGCGAUGGGGUUCAUCUCGGCCGGCGGCGUGUGGGCGUGGAGCGAGAGACGCACGAUUGCCAUAAUCAUUGUCUUCGCUGUGCUCCUUGCUUUAUAUGUUCUGCUGCAGUAUUUUUGUGUCUUCACCACAACCGCCACGCGAUCCUUCCCGGGCCAUCUGCUGCGCUCGCGCACACAGAUCCUGGUCUACAUCACCACCACCUGCGCUAACACCGGCAUGUUCUUCACCACCUAUUACAUUCCCAUUUACUUUCAGUUCACGCAGAACGAUAGUUCGCUGAUGGCCGCCGUGCGGCUCCUCCCCUACCUGCUAGUCACCAUCACCUGCAACCUGGCCACCGGCUGGGCGCUACCCAAGAUGCAAUACUACAUGCCGCUGUGCCUGGUUUCAGGCGCGCUAAUGACGCUCGCCGCGGGACUGUUCGUCGGCCUAUUAUCAACUGACACCCCUACUGCGCAGGUUUACGGCUUCAGCAUCCUAAUGGCCGUGGGCACCGGCAUCACCAUGCAGCUGGGUUACGCCGUUGCCAGUCUCAAGGUUCCCCCGGCGGAUGUCUUCAGCGCCAUCAACUUGCAGAACGUGGCCCAGAUUGGCGCUACGGUCAUCUAUCUCGUCGUUGCCGGCCAGGUGUUCCAGUCCACGGCGGUGCGGAUCUUGAACGGAGCGCUGGAGGGACAUGGGUCCAGCCAGGCGGAGAUUCAGGAUGCGGUGGCAGGAGCUCAGAGUCCGCUGUUUCAGAGCCUUAGUGGGCAUCUGAGAGACUCCGCGAUUCGGGCCAUCACAGGUCAUGGUUCCGAAGAUGAUCCGCGACAGGAUAUAUCAAGGUAG